UUGGCAACAAUCCAAAUGUUGUAUCAGACUGGAUGUUUCCAUUCAAGGGCUUCGGCGGUGCCAUGACGCCUCUCCUGAUAUUCAUCGUAACAAUAUUCCUUCUAGUUGCAUGGAAGGUGCGCAAAAUCUUCUCCUAUUGGGAAGACAAGGGAAUUCCUCACCAAGGGUUCUGGCAGUACAUGCGCGUCGUCUACCAGCUGUUCACAAAGCCGUUGCACGUCAGUGUGAUCGAUGACUACAGGAAAUAUGGACGAUUAUAUGGAUCCUACCAGGACACUGACCCUUGCUUAGUUGUGGGAGAACCAGAUUUGCUUCGCGAAGUUUACAUCAAGGACUUCUCCUCGUUCGUCGACAGAACGCAAACUCCUGUUGGCCAAUCGAUUUGGGACCGUUCCCUUCUUCUCCUCAGCGGUGCUGAAUGGAAAUACGUCAGAAGCAUUUUCAGUGGAGCAUUCACGACAACGAGGCUUAAAGCAAUGGUGCCAAAACUCGUUCGUGUCGCCAACCGGACAGCCGAUGCAGUCGUGGAGCACGCAACUAACAAGGAGCCUGUGGAUGUGCAUGACGUUUUCAUGAAGUCAUCGUUGGACGCAAUUGCUGCUGUGGCAUUUAAUGCGGAUACGGACAGCAUCAGGGAUCCCAAUAAUCCCUUCAUGAACACCUACUUCAACGUCUUCACGGGAGCAACAGCCUGGAAGAUACUGCUGUACUUCAAGAUGCCACGUCUGUUCAAGUUCUUAAGGCUGUCAUUACUCACUAAAGAGCACUUGGACAAGUUCUCUGUGUUUGUGGAACGGAUAGUUGAAGAGCGCUUGAAAAGUAAGACUAAAUUCAAUGACCAACUGCAAGUAUUUCUGGAUGCACUACAGACGGAAGUAGUAAGCGACCAAAACGGAGAGUCAUCUAAUGAGUUAACCUCUGGAAAACGCCUUACCAUGGACGACAUUGUGGCUCAAGUGCUGGUUCUGCUGCUCGGCGGUAAUGACACAAUAGCUUCAGCCCUCCACUACCUCACGUACAGCCUCGUUUCGCAAACGGAAUACCAAGACAAAGUUAUUGAAGAGAUCGAUCGUGUCAUCGGAAAAGAGGAGUUGACCUACGAGAAGUUGCAGUCUUUGGAGUACCUCGAGGCCGCAAUCAACGAAACGUUGCGGAUGUACACACCGGACUCCUUUCUGUCACGGUAUUGCACAAAGAAGACGACACUGCAAGGAAUAGAACUCAAUCCUGGAAACAUCAUUUACAUUCCUGUUCAGGCAAUGCACAUGGAUUCUGAAUUCUACGAGGAACCGGAGACGUUCAAGCCUGAAAGGUUUCUUCCAGAGAAUAAAGACUAUAUUCGUCCCUUCACAUUCUUACCCUUCGGUGCUGGUCCACGGAACUGCAUCGGAAUUCGUCAAGCAAUGAUGCAGUUGAAGAUCUUCAUUGUCUGCAUCUACCAGAAAGUCAAGUUCGAGCGAUGCAGGGAAACCCCAGAUCAUCUGGACCUCAAACCUGGUUUUAUCCUCCGUGAGCUUCGUAAACGGAUCAAGCUUGCUGCCGUUCAACGACCAUAGCAUCUUCCUACAGCAACACCAACAUCCGACGUCAGCAAUGAAAGCUGUGUUUCGCGUUUUGCUGAUUUUCAGUUUAUUCGUCAAGAUGUCGGGGGUGCCGUAACCAAGGCCAGUGUUUUGUACGUUAUCUUUAGAUAAAGCACUUUGGUGAAA